UGAUAUAAAAGUGCUAGUGCAAAGUGCGGCUUCAGAUCUAUCAUGCAGCGGUUCUUUCUUCUUGGGACUCUUUGUAUUAUUAGCUGCCUCGCCGACGACAAGGUAAAGAACGCCACAGCUGAGGGUAACUACGGGACCUACUACGACACCUACAGUCAACCAGUCAGCUAUGUGGUUCCGCCACCACAUCCUCCGCCACCGCCACCGCAACCGAACUAUGGGCCUUACGCUGGAUACCAGUAUGUCCGACUACCUCCGCCACCGUUGGUAGACCGCGACGUAUGUGACCUGGACGCGUCCGUACUGCUCGUGGCACAAUCAAAGCGUCACGGACGUCACCUCAACCGCGCAUACCGAGUCAGGUGCUCGGUAAUUGCGAACUAUGACGAGGACUCCUGUAAUGUUUGCUGCCAACAUGCUGCACGAAGGGAUAAGAACCUCCAGAAUAAACAAUUUGUCGGGUUCUUGGCGGUAACUGAGGACUUUGAACCACGCCCACGAGAAGAUAGCCAUGAAAGGAGCCAUGAGAGGAGCCACGAGAGGGAUAGUCGAGAGCACGAUAGAGAUCCAUGCGAAAGCGGCGAGGAUAAUGAUUGUGAUCGUAGCGGGGAAAGGAUGAGGGUCAAGAGGAACAUCGACCACGACAACCACGAUAGAGAAGACAGCCGCGAAUCUGAGGAAGUGAGACCUGUUGGGCUAGCCAAGGCUGACUUCAAACCUUCCCCAUACUACAAGAAUGUGAAGUGCGUAUGCUGCGCUCCGAAACGUCCUCUACCUCCACCACCUCCACCAAUCUAUCAGGCUCCAACCGUAGUUGCACAACCGGCACCGGCUCAAGCGCAACCUGUUUAUCAGAGUUAUAAAGCAUAGAUAAUAAAUACUUG